AAGGGGCGGGGCUCUCCUGUUGCCGGGUGACGGGGACGCACACACGUGAUGCUGCCGUUGCAAUCUGGCUGCCCCAGGACUGCUGGGGAGGAGAGAGCCGUGGCACGGUUUGGGUGGUAACUUAUGGCUUCCCAAGAAGAAAAACAGUCUCAACCCUUCACAGACAUCUUUGAUGAGGAUGAAGCUGAAAAAUUCUUUCUGUUGUCCAAGCCCACGUGCAUAAUGGUCCUUGGAAAGCCUGGUUCUGGAAAGAAAACAUUAGCUAGAAAACUAGCACAAAUAUGGAAAUGCAUUUUAAUAGAAGCUUUGGAAGUAAUUCAAAUGAAUAUUCAUGAAGAAACAGAAUAUGGGCUUAAGUGUCAAGAAUUGCUUUUCAAAGGUCAAAGUAUUUCUGAAGAACUUGUUACAGAAAUGAUUCUGAAAAAGAUUGAGUCACCAGAAGUUGCACAUUUUGGUUAUGUUCUCAGUGGAUUUCCUUCUCUCUCAGAGGAAUAUAUGACUGUUUCACAGCAAAUGGAGAAAAUAAAAAAUCUGAACUUAAAACCAGAUUUCCUGAUUAACAUUAAGUGUUCAGACUAUGACUUAUGCCAAAGAAUAUCAGGACAAAGGCAACGCCCUGAUUCAGGGCAAGUAUAUCAGAGGAAUCAGUGGGAUCCUAAUCUUAUAGAAAAACAAAAGAAAAAUAGUGAUCAGCUUGAAGAGGAGAAUGAAGAAGUUGAAGCUGAAGAGAUGGAAGAAGAGAUUGUGCAAGAUUCACUUACAAUGUCAGAAAUGAUUCAUCAGUUAGUGCAAAGGCCCGAAGAUAUGCUUGAAAAUAUAGAGGAAAGAGUUGGCUUGUAUAAGGAUACAGUGCUUCCUUCUUUAGAAGAUUUGAUGGCUGAACAGGGUUCACAGUAUCUUAUUGAACUGGAUGGAAAUCAGGAACCAGAUGAACUUCUUGCUUCAGUGGUAAUUCGACUUCAGUCAAUGGGUGUUCGAAACGGAGCUCCUAUAAUCAGGCUUCAGAGUCAGCAAGAAGAAAUGCUGGAGGGAUUGGAAAAUGAUGAGCUUUUCCGUGUUCUGUCAUCAUUCAAGCUAAUAGCACCCAGGUACCGAUGGCGUAGAAGCAGGUGGGGACAGGUAUGUCCUGUGGCUCUAAAGAAGGGUGAUAUUGUAAUGGGAAUCCCAGACUUGGCUGUUAGUUUUCUAGGUAAAAUGUACACGCUGUCAUCCCCAGAGGCACUGAAAACAUUUAUGUUGAAUCCACGCCCUUACUUGUUACCACCAAUGCCAAUGCCUCCUUGUAAAGUUCUAGUAUUUGGCCCUCCAGUGUCAGGGAGAACAACUGUUUGUAACCUAAUUGCAAACAAAUACAAAGGAAAGGUUCUUGAUAUGGCUGAACUCAUUCAAUCACAUGUGGAAGAAUUAAGAGAAAAAAAAAUUGAGCAAAUACGAAGGGAUGCAACAGAAAAGGCUAUAACAGCAGUGAAAAAUAGGUCUGAAGAGGAGAGUAGUACAGAAGAAUCUGCUGUCAUCCCAGAAGAAAUGUCAGAGUUGACUGCUGACCACCCAGAAGUUCAAGCAGUGGUGGAAGAAGCUGUGAAAAGGGCAUCAGAAUCUGAAGUUGUACUCUCACCUGAAAUAUAUGCAGAAAUACUGGAGAGAGCUAUUGCAGAGCUUAUGAAGAAGAACAAAGACAGGUUUCCUGGUGCUCCAGAAAAAGGAGGAUGGGUAGUGGAUAACUAUCCUUUGUCAGAAGGUCACUGGUCAGCUUUGUCAGAAAGAGGACUUCUGCCUGACACUGUUGUCUGUCUUAAGGAUACAGAAAAUGAUGGAGGCUGUAUAUUACACAGAACAUACUUAGCAAAUAAGGAUGAAAUUAAUUCUAAGAUCUUGAGAAGACUAGCAGAUGAAGCAUUAAAAAAGGAAGAAGAGGAAAGAAGGGAAAUGCAAGAGAUGCUGGCACCAGAAGAAGAAGAGCAAUCUCAAGAGGAUGCUGAGGAGAAAGAAUCUGAUGAUGAUGAUGAUAAGCAGCUUUCAUCUGAAAGUGAACAAAUGUCUCAGAAACAGUCCAGUGAUUCUGCAGAUUAUAACGAAGAAUCUGAAACUACAGAAAUCAUGCUGCCUGAGUUUGAAGAGAAUGAUUUGCUAAAUAUACCAGAAAUGGAAACAAUUAAAGAGAAGAUUGACCUCUUCAUGAAUGACUGGCAAACAAUGGAAUCAGAAAUCAAGCAGUCAUCCCUAGUUCAGAUUGUUGCCUUAGAGAUUGCUGAGCAAACUCCAGAAAGUCUGCUUAAUCAAAUCAUCCUGGUUAUGGAAGAACCUUUUAAAUAUCAUGGUUGGGAAUUAUCUAAUGAAGACUUAGAUGAGGAAGCAGAAGACCUAGCUGCUGAAGCAGAAGCUAUAGAAGAUAAUGAAGCUGAGGAAGAGGAAAAUGAAGAAGAUGAAGAAAAAGUUAAGGAAAAGAAAAGACACAUGGGAGACACGAAACACUUCUGUCCGGUCAGUCUGAAAGAGGAUUAUGUCCUUUAUCCAGGACUGUCUGAACCUGCAGCUAAAUAUCGAGAAAAGAUUUAUUAUUUUUCAAAUCUUGAGUACAGAGAUAAAUUUCUGAAGAACCCUGAGGAGUAUGUGGCUCACAAUGAACCAAUACAAGCCCCUCCCUUAAGGGUGUGUUUGCUGGGGACACAUGGAGCAGGUAAAACUGCUUGUGCACGAUGGCUAGCAGACAAAUUUGGCAUUUUUCAUAUUCAGUUUAAAGAAUAUCUGCAAGAACUGCUCUUGCCCAAAACUAAAGAGAAAAUUGGUCUUGAUUUUGAUGAAGAACCUGAAGAAGAUGAUUAUAAAAUCCAAUUACAGGAACUGCAAGACUUAUCUCAGACCACGACUGAAAUGGAAGAUGAUGAAAGCAAACAGGAAGUGGAGUUAACUGAUGAGGAAGAAGCUAUCAAAGCAAAUCUAAUGGAUGCUCAGCCAUUACCUCCAGAAAUCCUUGACAACAUUGUUCCUGACUGGUGGAGGAAAGAACCAUUCCGGUAACUAUAAGUACAUCCCCUCUUUCUUUAAUUAAUCGGAGGAAGUAUAUC